CUCGCUCACACUCAACCUAAUGACAUGACGGCUGAGUGUAAUGACUGCUGUACUCAAUGUCUUUGACAGUUUGAGCUUGGGUAUUUUUGCGUUAUGACGUUGCUCAAGAUGCGUGACAGUGGCGCGCGGAAUUUCGACGAAUAAAAAUAUUCGGUUAAUUUUUUUUUAUUUUUUUUAACUAUUUUAUGUAUUAUAUGAAUAUUUUAUCAAACUUUAAAUUAACAGCAUUUUUGAUUACUUUACUAUAUACAAGCUAAGCAUACAAUUUCACCUGGCGGUCAAUUUAUAUUCUUGACACUUCCAUUAUACAUCCAAAAAGUGACUUUGACAGUUCUACUAAUUCGUUAAUGAUAUUUACCUGGCCUUUUCAUUUAAUUACUACAACAUUGUAUUAUAAAGUUAACUUGAGACUUCAGUUUUUAUAUUCAUUAGUAGUAAAUUUGACGUAAAACUAUGUCACUUGUGAUUGCAAAUGAUUUAGAAACAGAAAAGCCGAGCAAAAGAAUGAAAAGAUCGGUUGUAGAGGGUGUUAUAGUGAAUAUUACUCCACCAAAAAGAAUUGUUGAUGUCAACAAUGACUGUUUGGAACGUGUGUUCGAGUUUCUGGAAUUUGAUUCUUUAAUACAUGUGGCCGAAGCAAAUAAGUUUCUCAAAGUAGUAGCCGAAAUGGUAUUCGUUCGGAAACUUAAGAACAGAAUGAUUAUCGUUGAUGACCAGUGGGGACACGAAAAUGAGACUGACUACUUUUAUGAAAAUGCAAUUAUUUUUCGACAGCCGGUGCUGGGAUUCAAAGUUAUACGGCUUUUUGGUCACCAUGUCUCCGAGUUAUAUUUGAGAAUCCAUGAUGGUUCUUCUACUCUUCGCAAAAGAUUGUUUCUUCAUGCCAACGAAUACUGUCACCAAACGCUGAAUGUUUUACACUCAUUCGGGGACCAUACAAACAUAUUUGGCGCGGUGAAACAUCCAUUUGUAAACGUCAAAACCUUCUCGUCUCAGGAAGGGAUUAUUGGACCUGCAUGUGAACACUUAAAUCGUAUCUUUCCUCGUUUAUGCCAACUAACACUCAACGAAAAUGAUGUGCUGGAUUCGAAAUACAUCUUACAAGCAUUUCCAAACCUUUAUUUCAUAUUACAAUUAUUUGGUGGGUGAUGGAGAUUGGCCAUUUAAUCAAUUCAUGGAUGACGAUUUGAAAACCAUUACAAUUUUAAAUCCGCAGCUUCAGAGUAUUACAUUGGUAGGAUAUCCACCAGGCAUUUGGGAGCUUAUCAACACAAAUCUCGACCAUUUGAAAAGUAUUCAUCUAUCUUAUUAUGCACAUAGUUUCGACACCUUUAAAGGUCCACACAUUCAAUUCAAUGGUGUUGAAAUAUUAGAAAUAACAUGCUUGCCUCCAUGGCAGAACGGCUGGAGAGGUAGUGUCGAUCCAACUGAAGUGUUUCAUUUCAAGCGUCUAAGGAAAUUGAAAGUGAAAUGCUAUGGUUUCCAACUGAAGAUGUGGAUAGACUUUAUUCUGGCACAUCCAACGAUAGAAGAGCUCGAUAUUUGGUUAUUUGACGGUAAAUUGCCCUUUUAUCUAGAACUUUAUGAACGGUUACGCGAUAAAUUAAACAAAGUACGUCAAAACACAAAAUUUAUUUCAAUGCGUAAAAACUUCAAUAUUUUCUACGUAACACAUAUUAAAAAGCUGCCGGCAUUUUUAGAAGCCCAUCAGUGGUUCGAUAAAUUUUCUUUACUGUUCGAUGAGUUAUUUACAGACGCAUCUGUUCAUCAUAUAAACAAGUAUUAUGAACAAAUUCCAGAAAUGAAAAAUUAUAAACUAAAAAAAUAUAUGUACAUAUAGAAAUUUUCGUUGAUUUUGAAAAAUGUGAAAUUUAAAGUAAAUUUGACCAAAUACACACACAAUAUAUUUCUAUCAUACCAUGACAAUAAACAAAUGUACAAAUAACUAUUUGUAAUUUAAUAAUGUAAUAUAAUCAAUUAUAAUUCAAAAUAAAAUCAAGCAACAACAUCAAUUGUAUUUGUUCAUUGUAAAUUUUGAACGUUGAUUUCCGAACAUUUGCUUCAGGUUUUUUUAGCUGUUCUCCAGAUUUUUUUACGCAGCUGAUUAUACCAAAUUUUGUUAUGUUUAAUAAAAAUAGCACAGAGUGCAACAAAAAAAAGUCAUAGGUCAGAGAAAUAGCCGAGUAAAAUCCCAACAGGGUUUUGAAAGUUCUGUUGGCGUUUUUUUUUAAAUCGACUUCGGCGUUUUUCAAGCAACAUGGUCUUUUGCAAUAUUUAAACGUCAGUUUUGGUCAAUAAGUCGUUCAUUUUUGGUGAUAGCUCCUUACUCUCUUUGGAAAAGUUGCAGCUGAGAGUCCAACUUGAACCCGUGUUGAAUCCUGUUUCGCAAAACACAAUCGCAUCUGUUCGAGAAUGAGCCCGACUUUUUCACAUUUCUUAAUUGUGCCGUAUGUUUCGACUUGUAAUUAACUUAAUUUCUUCUUUUUGUAUUGAUUGACCAAGUUGGUUAUUGUGAUACGUUUAAAUUGAAUACAUAUAAUAUAUAAAGUAAGAAGGGAAUUGCACGUCAAUUCCUCGGUUCAAAAAUCAAUUCUAGAUAGAGUUCUGCAUUCACUGUUAUUUCUCAGGGAUUAUUUUUUGAUAUAAUAAAGGUUAUAUGAAAAAAAUCCUCAAUAUUUUGAUGAAAUUCUUCAAGAAAUCAAACAAUUUAGUUUCUACAUUGCAAAUGGUCAAUUGGCAAUUAGAAAAUGAUUUUCCAACACACACUGGGCACACCAGAGCCAAAAUUAUGAGCUAUAAACGUUCUUCUACACAAAUGUGCUCCAUAUGUGGGCAAUUUACUAUGCACAGAACACAUGCAUUUUUUGGUUGGAAAACUCUCGGAAAAGCGCCACUUUGGGAAAUCGGAAAAGCGGGGAAAGUUCAGACCAGUCUCAAUCGAUCGGGCGGGAAAUUUCAUGUGAGGUAGCGACCCAAAGAGCGUAUGUCAAGCAAAAAACCCAUCCAUUCCUGAGAUAAAUGAAAAAAUUCAGAAAUAUCGGCAUUAAAAAAUAAUCUCUGGGAAAUAACAGUGUGGUUAUGUUAACCUGAUACAGAGAGAGAGAGAGAGAGAGAACUGUCACUGAACAUCGGUAUGGGUGUUUGAUACACAAAACGGGCUCACACAAUAUACGAUAUAAGUGUUUCAUUCGGUGUUAAUGCAUAAGAAUGCAAUGAAAUAUGUGUGAAUCAAGACGCGCAAAUGGGACGUACGGAUCGGAAUCGAAAGCGUAAAAAAGCCAACGACCUUGAAAUACAACAGUCAACAAAUGGCCGAUUAGAAAGCAUGAAUUCGGAGGAUAUUUACAUAAAUUUAGCACGUUCACUGUAUCGCAACGGUUGGCUCAACGAAACCAAUUUAAAAGUUGGUGAUUUCCCAGUGACCGGACGUGGCAUUUAUUCCAUCAAAAACUUGCAUAAAGAUGAUUUGCUCAUAUCACUUCCAAUUGAAUCGCUUAUCAGCAUCGUAUCGAUUGCUGAUGACAUGAAAUUUCGCUAUUUGAUGAGCCGCACCUUUGGCACACACGAAAAGCAAAUCACAUCACAAGGUUUACUCGCAUUGUAUCUGUUGUAUUUAAAGCAUACCGGACAGCAUACGGAAUACAUGUCAACGCUUCCCACCGCAUUUUCGGUGCCAUAUUUUUGUGCGGAUGCCGAAAUCAAUGCAAUGCUACCAUCAAUACGGGACAAAGUGCUGGAUCAACGGGAAAUUAUCGAUGUGGAUUUUAGUUGCUUCCAAAGUUAUUUCAAGGAUACGCGUUGCACGUGCUGCAACCGAAUUUAUUUCUGUGAUAUUUUCAAUCGGACCGAGUUUGAGUGGUCAUUUUUUGCGGUGAAUUCACGUUCGGUGUAUUUUAAUUUGGAGAAAAUUGCUGUUAAACACCUGGAAUCAGUGCGAACGGUACAAAAAUUGUUGAAAGAUGAACCAACGUUGGCUUUGGCACCAUUUUUGGAUUUACUCAAUCACAGUUGCACUGCUAGCACGGGUUUGUAUGUGAAAAAUACCGACAAUGGACCACUCUAUCAGCUGUAUACAACGGUUCCGUUCUCAAAAUACGAACAAGUUUUCAUCAGCUAUGGCGCGCUGGACAACACCAAACUUCUCACCGAGUAUGGAUUUUUUGUACCCAAUAAUAAGCAUGAUUUUGUGGAAAUUCAACGCAAAGACAUUGACAUACAUCUGAAAAUGGUACCGUAUCGGAUAAAAAUUCUUAUUUCAAAUGAAAGCCUCGACCAAAACCUCUUCAUCACCCGAGCCAAUGGAUUCAGCCAUAAUAUUCGCAUUUUAAUUUACAUCUGCUGCAAUGCCACGCAUGCCACAACAGCGACCGAUGAAAAUUACUGCAAGAAAAUCAUUUAUGGUGACAUCAACGAAUUGGAUUUUACAUCGAUGGAUAUGAAAAAAUUGGCCCAACAAAUCGUUGACAGCAAAGUGAAGGAGCUACGUGAUCAAUGCGGCAUUUUUACCGAACGUCAAACAAAUCACACACUUACCGAACGAGCUACCAUUUAUCUAAACUACUUGCAAGAAGCAAUUAAAUGGCUGGAAUGUGUUGAGCUUUAGGAAGAACCAGAAGCGACUCAAAGCUAAAAUCGAAACGAAACAGACUAAAGCCAUAAGCAUUUGUAUACCGUUUGUAGAAUUUGAAUUGCAAUAAAGUUUCAAAGAAAUAACAACAAUAAUUGAUAAUAGUAAGAAAAAACAAAGUAAAGCUCGCAAACCAAUUUACCGUUUUGUACGUGCACCAGCCAAGGGAUACUAAAUUAAUGCAAUUUCAUUUUUGAAAGAAAGUACAUCUGAAUAAUGUUUAAAGUAUGAGCAAUUAGAUGAUAAUUUAGCAGUUUAAGUCCAAUGUUAGAAAUGAUAACGCCGGCCCCAUUGCAAUGUACACCAUCGAUGGAAUGAUGGAUUUAAUUGAUUGGAGGCCAAUUAUCGUUCAAUCACAAAACGAAUGAUAUGACAGUAAAUUCACCUGAUUCACCUGAAAAUCAAUGGACAAUGUUGAUCGAUUGAGAUACAAAAUUUUAAGCUCCAAAUGUUAUAUGAAAGCAAGAGAGGCAGAGAAAACACAAAAAUAAGAAUACAUUUAAUUUGUUCCAAAUAAUUGUUUUUGUUUUAUAUGAUAUAUUUAUUCAUUACAUAUCCUUCGUUUAUCCUUGUUGUCCAAAAAAUUUCAGACAAAAGAAAAUUGCAUAGAUUUUUUUUGUUCCAUUUUUAUUCACAAAUAAAAUAAUUUAUUUCUAACUAA